AUGGCGUCUCCACGACUCCCGUUCCUUUACCCGAAUUUGAUGCGCGCGGUCAAGUCCUGCGAACCGUCCACGUAUCGCUCCCUCCGCGUGCCCUCGAAUGCCCGCCCAACCCGGAGUUCGCGAGCGCCCUUCCACACCACUCGACACCGUGCCCAAGGCUCUAUACAACGACGAUAUGGUCCGGCUGUCGAACCUAAUAUCCCUCCGCCGUCGCGACCAAAGGAUGACUCCACCUCGAGCUUAAACGAGGAAUCUAGCUCCAAAUCGCCAUCGGAGAAGACGAGUGAUGCUGCCUCCACGCCGGAACAAGCCCAGUCAGAGUCUCAGGGGCAGUCUAAGCUAUCUGAAGCAACAGAAGAUUCCUCCGCUGCUUUCAAGCAAUCGGAAGGCGACAAAGGAGCACAGUUGAUUGAGAACAGGAAUCCGAAUGAGGAAGCAAGAGAGCCUCAGGAGGAAGAGGAGGAAGAGGAAGCUGCUACACCGGAAAUCGUCGAAGCAAAGCAACCACAGCAGAAACCAAAAGUUGACGAACAGCCCAUUGAAGAAACACCCAAAUCUCCACUGCUAGACGGGAAUCCGCUGGAAGGCGUCCUCCACAUGCCCUCCCCCUCUUCCUACCUCACACCCUCAACAGCGCCUCAUAACCAACCCCCGCAUAUGGGCCCACCACCCUACGUGCACCAUUUCGAUACCUACUCACUCGUCCAAGAUCUCGCAAAGGGCGGCUUCACAGACAAGCAAUCCAUUACGAUCAUGAAAGGCGUCCGCCAGAUUCUCCAGAACAACCUCGACUUCGCCAAACAAAACCUCACCUCCAAAUCCGACGUCGAGAACGAAACCUAUCUCUUCCAAGCAGCCUGCUCAGAGCUCCAAUCGAGCUUACAGACCGCUCGCAAUUCAGAGAUCCAGCGCCAGCGCACGUCUAGGACAGCACUAGAACACGAGGCCGAUAUUCUGUCGCAGCGCACAAACCAGGAACUUUCCGGUUUGAAGGAUGAUAUCAAGGGUAUGUUCAAUGACCAUAAAAUGACGGUGAGGGAGUUGCAGCGGAGCAUCGAUACGUCAGUGCAAGAGCUCAAUUACAAGAUCACGGUCUCGUUGAACAGUGAUAGCAAGAGUGAGAUUGAGGGGUUGAGGUGGAUUCUUACCCGGAGAGCUGCGUUGGCAAUUGCAACCAGUGCUUUCAUGAUUCUUGUCUUCCUCCGCUACUCAUCUACUCAACGAGCCGCCCAGAUUGGCGCUGAGAAGAAGAAGCAGGAAGCCCCUCCCAAAGAACCGACAGAGUCCCGCACGCCUGCUGUGUUGGCCACGCCUGGUCCUCAGGACGUUGUUCCUGUGGCGCAUCUGAGCGAAUCUCUUGGCUAG